UUCAAAUGAAUUAAAACAUAAUUUUAAAUGCUUGAUGAAAAUGCGCUAAAAAUAUGUUAGAUUACUGAACCUUUGAAAUUAUCUUGCUCUACUUCCGUAGUGUUUACAUUAGCGUUUCACCUGAUAUAUAGAAAACCCCCUGCAGCAGGUGACGUUGUCGACUGUACCUUGCUAAAUGUUUGGUUCUUGACUCAAGACCAGGAAGCGAGACCUUGCCAUAAGCUAGCAUUCUACGUACGCAAUGGAGGCGCAAAUAAUCCGAAAACAUAACAUGAAUGGUCACUGUUAGAUAACAUUUUAGAGUGAACUCAAAAGCCAACAGAGCUGUAACGCAGCGCGUUUACUGUGAAUGCUAGCUAGCUCGUUCUUUAGUCAUCUGCCAGGAUUGUCGCCAGCUAACGUUAGCACAUAGCAGCCGAUAGCGAGUCGGUUACUGUCCUGUGAUGGCUGUGGCACACAGAUGUUGUGUUCUGGCUGGAUAUUUACUUUUGUUACUGCUAGCUGGGUGCAAAGCGAGGAUACACACGCUGACUCUGAAGAAUGAAACCCGGUUUGCUGUCGACCUCAACAGCUUUGGUUUCUACGCUAACGGGAUUCUCAAUGUCAGCGUGUCUUCUCUUAAGCUCCCUACAUCUGUGAACUACACCAGUUUUCCUGUUGGUUUCACCCUCUCCAGGUCUCGAGUGAAUGGAGUCUUGUCGUACACAGCAGAGGAGACAGGAACGUGCCCACUCACUCCCCCAAAGUUGACAAACACUGAACCUCUGAUCUUAUUUCUUAUCAAUAUCGACACUCUCAGCGUCACCGUGAAAGCUAGGGGUGAGCAGGACAACCUCUUGAUAGCAAAGUUAAAACCAGAAGUAGCUGAAGGUGAGGUGAGGAAAACCAGAGAUGAUAAUCCUCCUGAGCAUCCGCCUCCGGAUAAACAAGAUGAAACUAAACCACAGGACAAUAAGGACACAAAGUCAGGAGAUAAGUCUGACAAAAAAGCAGAUGAAAAGACGAUGCCAGAAGUGGAAACUACAGUCAAUCUGACAAACACCAAGGAUCUGUCCUUAGCUUUGGACAAAGAUCAUGGUUCCUACAGCUUCAGUUUCGAUAUGGUGGUCGGAUCAUCGGCAGAGGGUCUAUACAGCCUCAAGUUUCACUACUGUACAAACAGGAUGUCUCAAGAAAAACUGUCCUACUCCUUCAGUGUGAAUGUGACUGAGAAGAAUCUGGGUGGGUUCCUGUCCGCAGCAGAAAUCCCUCUGUCUCGCCUCUACAUCUGUAUGGCUGGAGUCUUCUUCACGGCUGCCCUGGUCUGGGUGUACACGCUCAUGAAGCACAGGUACAGCGUGUUUAAAAUCCACUGGUUGAUGGCAGCACUGGCCUUCAUUAAGUCCAUAUCACUGGUUUUCCAUAGUAUCAACUAUCACUACAUCAACACUGAGGGUCGUCCUAUUGAAGCCUUGGCCGUCAUGUAUUAUAUAACACACCUACUGAAGGGGGCUCUGCUGUUCAUCACACUGGUGUUGAUUGGCACCGGCUGGGCUUUUGUUAAGUACAUCCUGUCAGACAAAGAAAAGAAGAUCUUCAUGAUCGUCAUUCCUCUGCAGGUCCUGGCUAAUGUUGCCUACAUCAUCAUCGAGUCUACUGAGGAAGGAUCGAGUGAAUACUAUCUAUGGAAGGAGAUUCUCUUUCUGGUUGACCUGAUCUGCUGUGGAGCCAUCCUCUUCCCUGUUGUCUGGUCUAUUCGUCAUCUUCAAGAGGCUUCAAGCACCGACGGCAAAGCUGCCAUGAAUUUAGAAAAGCUCAAGCUGUUCCGCCAUUUUUAUGUGAUGAUUGUGUGUUAUAUUUAUUUCACGAGGAUCAUAGCCAUUCUGCUGAAGGUCACCAUGCCGUUCCAGUGGCAGUGGUGCUACGAGUUCCUGGUAGAGGUGUCUACUCUGAUCUUUUUUGUGAUGACGGGCUACAAGUUCCGACCGGCGUCCAAUAACCCCUACCUCCAGCUUCCCCAGGAUGAGGAGGACGUAGAGAUGGAUGAAGUAAUGACUGAGUCUGGGGCACUUGAAGGUAUUUCUAAAGUGAAGAAGACAUCUAACGGACGUGAGCGCCAGAAGGAGUCCACUUUGUGAGUGUGGAGCUGCAUCUUGAGGAGUGACUCACUAAACAUCCCCAGGCCCGCUGGUGUUAACGUGGUACACAUGGACCAAGACCCUUCACAUCGAGUGAAAGCUUUCCUUUUAAAACUCUUUACGUGUUUGCAGUGGCUGUGCCAACUGUAUGACUAUGCAAAAAAAAAAAAAAAAAAAGACUGUUUUUUUGGACACUCCCCAUUUCUCAACAACUCCACCCAGAAACUCUGAAGAGUCUGACACACGGAUGGGUGGAAAAGUAAAAGGAGCUCUGUUGUUCUUCAGUUGCCACCUCCCUCUCUCGCUCGCUCUCUGUUGCUCUCUUUCUUUCUCUCUCCAAAGAUAAUUAUCAUUUAGAGAAGGACUUUCUUAGACUUUGAGUGUGUUGUGUGUGCACGUGUGUGUGCUUAAAUGUGAGAUAACACCAGAUUUGAUGGCAGUUUUUUUUUUCACCCAUGAGACAAUAGACCCACACUCAGGUAAAGUUAAUGAGAGUAUAUUUAAAAUUGAGGCAACAUUCAGAGCAAGUUGUUUGUCUUUCACACUGUUCAGGGUUGGAACUGUCCUAUCGCUCAAUAUACAUAUUGUCCAUCAUACACUUUUUCUUCUGUAGUAUAUUGAAAUACAUAUGUAAACAUUGUAUAUUUCAAUAUAUAAACAUGCAUAUUGCAAUGUUAUAUUUCAGUAUAAUGAGUUCCAUCAUCUCUGGCAUUUGGACCGCUGCUGUAAUUUAGUGCUUUAAUUAUUAGACUCGCGUCUCUGAGCUCAGUCCAGAUGAAACGUGGGUCUCUUGAUAGUAUAAAGUGGUUUGGGGUCAGUGCUAGUUAUCAGAGCAGUAUGUUCACUGGUGACUCUGUUUGGUUUUGUUCUUUCCUUUGGCCGAGCUGUGCCCGUCUGCACAGAGAAGUGACCUGAACUCAUCUUUGAAUUCACCUGCUUUGGGUUUUACCUUUUUGCUCUUGAUGUGAAGCUUAUUUUAUUCACUAGUUAUGAUUUAAUGGUUUAAUAAAAUUAAAACUGUGUGCAGCCAGUCAUGUCAGACGGACAUUUGUAAAUAUUUAUAGAAAACGACUGUGGACACAACAAUGGAGGCACAUAACAAUUGGCCUGAGUCUGCGUGGAGGAUUUAUAGUCCUUGUUUCACACUAAUGACGAGUUCCGUUUCAUUGAGGUUUAUUUCAUUGCUAUAAUAAUAUGAAGGAGGUGGGAAUGUAAAUGUGAGGAAGUGUGAGGCAGCUGCUGAUAUUUAACCUGAGACACUCCAGUGAAGGGGACGCUGCAGUGUUCACAGGCCACAAACCAGCUGAGCGAAGGUUUUCAGCUCGUUACAGAGGGUGAUUUGGUGUCAUGUGAACUGUCACAAUAAAGCUUCUGUUCUGGAAACGUC